AUGUCUACAAAUUCGUCGAGUUCUAGCGAUUACAGGUCGUCCAGUGAUGAUUUAGAUGAUUUUCUAUUGAAUCAAGAACUAGCAGACGGAAUUGAGGGCUAUCAAUUCCAUCCGAGACAUGAUUCAUACGGCUCUCGUUCAAGCGAGUCAAACAGUGAGAACGCUGAAUCAAGUGGCUCGGAACAAAAUAUUCUUGUCCGAUUAAGUGAUAUGAAUAAGACCUGGUGUACAUGCGAAAGUUGCCAAAUAAUGGACAGGGAAGUCGAGUGUCUUUGUUGUCAAGAAAUUCCCGAGGUUGCCAGCAAGAACGAAGAAGUUUACCAGCAAGAACAACCACCAGCACGCUAUCCAUGUAUAACAGCUAACCCUGGAUUUCAGGCAGUUUGUUUAAAUCGCUGGGUUUUACAAGCUGCCUGGUUUCAGUACAAGCAGCAGUACGGAACAGAUGCUGUGGAAGGGCCAGAGCAUAAAAUAAAUAGACAUGUUGCAUAUAGACAAUUAGUGAGGUGGUGCUGGGGUGUUCUUGGGAGAGAAGUGCGUGUUGUGUUGCCAUCUUGUGCAGUCAGUUGCAUUCGGGCCCAUUUUCCUCCUCCUGGCCAAGAGGGUGACUUCGAGUUUAUCGGAUUUCAUUUUGCGGAUGAGUAA